ACCGGCUGCUCAGUGUUUCCUUACGGACUCUUUUCUGAAGUGCACCACGCGUCUCAUGUGUUGUGUUGUGGGAAGUUAGAAAACUCUUCGCUUCUUCCGUACAGUCUUUAACAGACCGUAUUAGUCUGACAGACAGAUAAGCUCCUCUCAGGUAUGUCCAGUGGUAACUCGGAGCAGGUGGAGGUGGUGCUGGGCUUCCUGGAGGAGGCGGAGUCGUGGCGGCUUCUCUCGCCUCAGUUCCCCAGUAAGGUCGGGGGUAAACCGGCGUGGCUCAGCCAGACAGGCCUGCCAGCACUAACCGAGCUGGUGUGUGAGAUGUGCGGCCUGCCGAUGGCCUUCCUGCUGCAGGUGUACGCACCCAUUUCUGGUCAGGACAGAAGUUUCCACAGAACGCUCUUUCUGUUCUGCUGCAAAUCUCAGGAGUGCUACACGAGCAACGACAGUCGCUGUAUGAAAGUUUCCAGAAGCCAGCUACCCAGGAGGAAUGAGUUUUACCCCUACGAUCCUCCAGCAGAGGACGAACCCCCCAGCGAUCCUGAACCGGACCAGAGUGUGUUGUCCGUCUCUGGAGUUAAACUGUGCUGGGUGUGCGGUUGCCCCGGCAACAAAGCCUGCUCCCGCUGUCACGCCGUAACCUACUGUGGAAAACACCACCAGACCCUCCACUGGAAACACACACACAAGAGGGAGUGUGGCAGCCAAGAAGCGUCCAUCGUCUCAGUCUCUGCCUUCCUCUUCCCUGAGUCUGAGCUGGUCACUGAACCUGAGGAGGAGGAGGAGAAGAAGGAAGCUGAAGCAGAAGAAGAAGAAGAAGGGAGUGUAGAUUGUCCCUCUUUAGCAGACACCCUGGCAGAGACAGACCUGGAGGACAUGGCUAUGCACGAGACUGAAGACAACAAAGUGUUCCAGCGGUUUAAAAAGAGGAUCGCACCAGAACCACACCAGGUGCUGCGUUACAGUCGAGGGGGCUCCCCGUUGUGGGUCUCUUCUCAGCACAUCCCUUCCGAUCAGGAUAUCCCACCAUGCACCUGCGGCGCCAAGAGAACUUUUGAGUUUCAGGUGAUGCCACAGCUGUUAAACAGUCUGUGUGUGGACUCGACAGGAGCCAGCAUCGACUGGGGGACACUGGCCGUCUACGCGUGCUCUGCCAGCUGUAACCAUGGCGACCAGUACUGCCCAGAGUUCAUUUGGAAACAGGACUUCAGCUCAGAUCAGCACACACAGAUGAAACCUACAUAACAUCUGUCUGCUGCUGGACAGAGGUCAGGACAUACUGAAGCUCAGACUCAAGUGACUGGAGUUAUCACACUCGUAGUGACUCCCCGUCUCGUGUACUGGACACGUGCUGCUGCUCAUGUAACUGAUUAUAUACAGAUGAAAAAUCAGUGUGUAAUUCAGCUGACAGAGAGAGGGAUUUGAUCGCUCUAAGAGGACAAUGAAGAUGUUUUUGGAGGGCAGACAUUCACCAUCUGGAUUAAUUGUUCUAUUAAAAGUUCAGACAGUCAAA